UAGUCCAAAUCAAACCUCAUGUUUGGCCUACAAAAGUAUAUACGUCCUUUCUCCAUGCACAAAUGUGUUUGUGGCCCCAGAAGUCGCAUGCCGUCAGCCCUAGAAUGGUACUAUCCAACAACUUCGCUUGUGUGGAAGAAACACGCUUCAUUGGCGCCAUCUUCGUUAUCUCAGGUGAAGAACUGCGAACAGUAUCUCCAGCAUUGUCAUACCAAUAAUGUCAGCUUUACGUCGACGGUGUUUCGAGGAACUUUAUAUGAGUAUGCUUCAAAGGCCUUUCUAGAGGAUAAGCUCAAGUGCUUCGACCUUGUCAGAAAGGGUGGUGCCUUUGAUAAUGGUAUAGACCUAGUGGGAAAAUGGGACUUGUCUCACUUUUUUAAACUCAAUGAAACUGAUAUAAAGGCCGCCAAAGUGCUUCGAAGCCGGGCCAAAGUGAUACCUAUCAUCACCAACUCCAAAGAAUUACACGAAUUGAAGAACACCAAAUCGACCAAAAAGAACAUCUCCAUCAAACACGAUAUCAACAUAUUAGUGCAGUGUAAGAACCACCGAACUAAAAUCAAGGCCAGUAUCCUCCGAGAGUUGGUGGGAAUAUACUCGCAGUAUAUCAAGAAUGACGACGACAAAAACUCAACGUUCAUGGUGUUGAUGAGUCCAUCUCCUUUAUCUAAACAGGCACAUUCAAUAAUUGAUCAAACAAGUAUUCCUUUGAUCCAUAUAAUCCUUCUGCCUUUAGAACUCAGCAGUCAUGACACCAGCAUAGACAACUCAGUUAUAGACAGCUGGGAUGGUGGAGUGGUCCAGUCGAUUUACCUCAAUAGCUAUUCCAAGAUCCUUCUCAAGUACUUGAACAUUGAGCUCGAAUUUCAAAAAUUAAAGCUGUAUAUUAUGUUAUCUUAG